CCGAACAGUCCGCCACAGGGACAGUCAGUCACCACAUCUUCAAAGAAGAAAACUAAUGUGAGAUGACUGUUUAAUAAACCCUAUGCAAUUUUGAAUAAUCUUCAACUAAAAAUGUUGAAAAGCUGCGGGAGGAAACUCGUACUUUCUGUAGCAGGAGCUACAUUCACUUGCCUUGUGGUACUCUUGGUUGCAGCCCAGCACCAAGUUAUACAGGUGGCUGAGGUACAGAUUGAGAGCGAUGUCGGGAUGCGCUCGCUGCAAAGUCUGGAUAGCACGGGGGGAAAUGCUCACGACAAAAGUUCGUCAGAGAACGAAUCGCAGGACAAUUCAAAGUCGACGGAUACGAAAGGAUUCUCCGCUUACUUCUCAAAGUUAACUCGGGACAGGAGAGACUUGGAGAAGCCCGCGUCGCUAGCCGGGUCUGCAUCUGAAGCGCCCCCCUCCGAGGACAUCAACCCCAAUGACAUCUUCAUCGCAGUUAAGACAACAAAGAAGUUCCAUCAGUCCAGACUGGACCUUCUUCUCGAUACCUGGAUCUCCAGAAACAUGCAGCAGACGUACGUCUUCACAGAUGGGGAUGAUGAGGAGCUGAAGAAGAAACUUGGAAGCCACGCCAUCAACACAAACUGCUCGGCCGCCCACAGCCGACAGGCCCUGUCCUGCAAGAUGGCGGUGGAGUACGACAAGUUCAUCGAGUCGGGGAAAAAGUGGUUCUGUCACGUGGACGACGACAACUACGUGAACAUGCGGACCAUGGUGAAGCUGCUCGCGCACUACCCGCACACUCAGGACGUGUACAUCGGCAAGCCCAGCCUGGACCGGCCCAUCGAGGCCACGGAGAGGCUCGCUGACAACAAAAUGAAGCCGGUGAAUUUCUGGUUUGCUACCGGAGGGGCGGGAUUCUGCGUGAGCCGCGGCCUGGCUCUGAAGAUGAGCCCCUGGGCGAGCGGCGGUCACUUCAUGGACACGGCCGAGAAGAUCCGGCUGCCGGACGACUGCACCGUCGGCUACAUCAUCGAGUCCGUCCUGGGGGUCCGUCUCAUCCGGAGCGGCCUGUUCCACUCGCACCUGGAGAACCUGCAGCAGGUGUCCAAGUCUGAACUGCACAAACAGGUUACACUGAGCUAUGGGAUGUUUGAGAACAAGAGAAACAUCAUCAACAUGAAGGGGGCUUUUUCAGUGGAGGAGGACCCAUCACGGUUCAGGUCCGUGCACUGUUUGCUGUACCCGGACACCCCCUGGUGCCCCCCCCUCCAGGUCGGCCCUUAGCGGCGGACCGCCCCCUCCCUCAGUGGAAUCCUCGUCCCGCGAUUGGCCUCGGUAUCUGAAAGGCUGGCGGGACCCGUGUCGUAUUUGGGCCCUGGGGGGUCGCUCCCGCUGUGUUUUUGCUACAGCGGCGUGCCCCUCUGCCCAGGUCGGUUUUUUUGAAAUGGGGCUGCUGUGCGGCCCUCGUUUCGGUUUACAGACUUUUCCCCCUUCCUCCCCCUUCCCCUGCUGGACCCCUCGCUUUUUCGCCUCCGGUCCGGAGAGACGGGAGUCCGGCAGACGGGGGGCGGGCUUUUAGCAUUGCGCUGUACAGGCUAAAUGUGUGCUUCACAUGUUGUAAAUGUUGCUUGUGAUGCGUUUUGCAGUUGUCGCAGAAUGUACUAUAUUCACCUAUGCCUUUUAUCUAUGCCUGUUUGCCAGCUUUGUCAUGCUUUUUAAAGCCGUUUCAUUUCAAUUACCAUCUUUAUUUUAUUGUAAUUGAUGUUUUGAUGUCAGACUGUUGUUAUAGACUAUAACAAUAAUCAGAUUAGGAAUCAGAAUUGGAGUUUUAACUCAUUAGGUUUAUUAUAUAUUGUUUUUAAACUGACAUCACGGUAGACUCCGGAAACAAAUAAGCAAUGUGAAGAUAUAUUUGAAUUAAUUUUCUUAUGGUCAAAUUUCAGUAUUAUGGUUAAUAUGAUUUUAAGCUGGCAGUGGGUUGUUAUAGAUGUACAUUUAGAUGUUUUUAUAUCUGAAGUACGUCAUGAUAAGCACUUUCCCCUAUAUAUUUUAGGUAGAAAAUUCACAAGAUUGAAGCCUUUUAGAGUUAAGAUAUGAGCUAAAACUAAAGGAAGACAUUAGCCCAAAACAAAUAGAAUUUGAUAUUUAAUUUCAUUCCAUUGCAAUGAAACAAUCAUGUCAAAAUAUUUGUAUAUUUUAAAACUGUAUCUUCUUGUGUUUUGUACAAAGAUUUGAAUUGAAUAAUUGCACAGCUUACUUUGAAUUCACUGUUGCUUGAUCUUGUGAAGCCCUCAGACACACAGUGGAAUAUUUAACUUUAUAUUAAUCUCAAAAACAAGCGUUUUUACCUGAGCCCGUAAUAUUAUGGUCUCUGCCAUAGGAAACUUUCCCACGUUUUGAGUGUAUAGUCAAAGUGCAACAGCUUAACUGGCAGCUUUUCCUCACCAAUCGUUGCACGUCCAUUUGUCAUUUUCCGAGAUGUACGUAAUCGGUGGAGCAAAGGCUUUUCUUUUAUCACAAAGGAUAUUAGCCAUUUUGGUUAACUUUGUUAGCCUUACUGUCAAACCUUUAGUGUUCAACUGAGAGCUUCACAAGAGCUGCACCAGUCUUCCCAAUCAGAGGCUUCCUCUGUGAAUAUGACCCACAGUGGGUGUUUUUGUAAAUCUUUAUUUGUUGCAGUACUUAUUUACUGUGCUUUUUGUUCCAAAUGACUGCCUUCGUGUAAAUAUGUUUGUACAAUUUUUUGUUGUUCUUCUGUGGAUCAGAAAUGCUUCUGACAAAUUUUUACGACGACCGUUUACCGCUUGUAAUUGCAUUGACGUCUGUAAUUUAUACUCCAGUAUCUGGAUUGUGGAAUUAAAAUGUAUGAAUUAACCAGA